AUGGGGCAAGACGGGGGGGAUGCAACUUUCGGCGGCGACGGCGGCGAAGAAGAAGCGUCGCUUUCGGGAUCAUCGAAGGGAGAGGAGGACGACGACGGAAUUACUGCGGUGGAGAUGGAGAUGGAGACGGAGACGGAGACGGAGACGGCGAAGACCGGGGGGCGCUUGGAGAGGAAGGAGGAGGACGAGGGAGAGAUGGAGAGGCAGCGGCAGCUGGAGGCUCGGGCGAAGACGGCGGAGGCGGCGGCGGCGGAGAGAUCACGGGCUGCUGCUGCUGCUGCUGCUGCGGCGGCGGCGGCUACUAAGGGAGAAGGAGACCAAGAACGCGGGUUUGUCGAGAAGCGGGUCGACGAGCUUGAGCAGCAGGAGGCCGCCGCCCUCGCCGCCGCUCUCGCGGCAGCCUCGACCCUCCCCUCCUUCUCGCUACCCCCCCGCCGCUACACCGCCGGGGUCAUCUCCCCGAGGCUGGGCAGCCCGACCUACCUCGCGUCGAAGGGCUUCGGGAGCUUCAGCGGGAUGAGCGCCUCCGAGCGGGACUCGGAGUGGCACACGGCGGGCGCGGCGGCUGGGAAGCUACAGCAGUGUCGGUCGCUGGAAGACGCUUUCCAAGCAGCGGAAGGAGAAAGCGCGAGGGGGGGCGACGCGGAACGGUCCGCGGAACCGCCCGAGGUGGGGCUCGUCAUCCCGGCCUGGGCCCCGCCCAGCCCUGUUUUCGAGAGGGAGGAGGAGGUGGAGGCGGGGGCGACGGCAGCUGCAUCUGCAGCUGCACCACACCCCCUUAGUACCGACGGUGACCUGCCGGACAUCCCCAUCACGGUCGCAGAUACGCCGACGGAGUCGGUUGGAUCGCCGACGGAAUCGGCGGGUUCUCGGGGGUG